UCCUGGGAUCCCGGGAGGGGCACGUACACAUAGAGCAGGCAGCCUGACAUUGACGUUGGAGACGUUGAUUUGAGCAAGAUGGCGCCAAAGAGGAGAGCCUCGGGAGCGCCGGCCACAGCCAGGGAGACGCGGAAGAGGAAGUCUUCUUCUGAGGCAGAACCCAGUACCCCGAAGAAAACGCCCAAGGAGGGCAAGAGAGGAAAAGCAGGUCUGGGACGGAGAGGCAGGAAGAAACGUGCGGCUGGGAAAAAGAUGGCAGACGUGGGAGCCCCUGAGGCAGGGAGCGGGCCAGCACCACCCGGGCCCAGCAAGCCGCCAAGCCAGGAGCUUCCUUCGUGCCAAGUGCCUGUGAAGGAGGAGCCAGUGAGCGAGCACGACCUACCGAGCCAGGAGACCCAGCUGGAGGAGCCACUGAACCAGGAGACCCAGCUGGAGGAUCCACCAAGUGACGUAAUCACCAUCUCCACCUCGUUGGAUCCACCGAGUGACGGGAUCAACAUCUCCACCUCGUCCGUCAGCAGCGACUAAGUUCAGGCCCAGUCGCCAGGAGACCUCAGAGAUCUCACCAGUGCGGGGUGGGGGGGGGGUGCCCCCUUGCUGUUGUCAAUAAAUCCAAUUUGUUGCAAAAUG